CUCUUCCCAAAAUAUCCCCCCUCUCUCUCUCUCCCUCUCAUCUUCAAUGCUAGGGCUGCCAUUUUUUCGGAUUUGAGUGGAGAUAAUUUUCGUUUUUCUUUCUUGAUUUUCUGUGCGUUAGGAAUCCGGUAGGCUCCUGUGGAAGCUUUGAAUCUUGGCGUCUUUAAAUUGUCCCUGCAAUCGUUCAUAUGCGAAUGCAGGGCCUGCGUCCAUCUCCAAUCCAACCAUCUUCUUGUUAAAUUUCCAAUCUUGUGUAGUGGGUUUGGUCGGAAUUUCCAGAAUCUCCCGGAAAUGCGAGCUCCCGAGCCCCAAGGGACAACCUUUUCCAGUUUCGGCCGAUCUUUGAUGAACAUUCGUCGCGGUCAGGUCCACUCCAUGGAACCCCCUUCUCACCAAGAACUCGAUCUCCAGGCUUUCCAGAAACGGGUGGCGGAUCGCUUCUCCGACCUCUUGGCUUCUGAUUCCGGCGAGUUCCUCUCCAUCCCGUGGAUCCAGAAGCUCCUGGACGUCUUCUUGUCUUGCCAGGACGAAUUCCGGUCAAUUCUCUUGACCAACAAAGGGGCCUUCAACAAAGCCCUCGCGGAGCGUUACCUUGGGGAGUAUUUUGAGAGGAGCGUGAAGGGUUUGGAUGUCUGCAAUGCGAUUCGAGAUGGGAUUGAGCAUGUCAGGCAGUGGCAGAAGCAUCUGGAGAUCAUGCUGUGCGCAUUGGACAAUCAUCAUCACAGGAGUCUCGGCGAAGGCCAGUUUCGCAGGGCAAAGAAGGCUUUGGUUGAUUUGGCUAUAAGCAUGCUUGAUGAGAAAGAGUCUCACAAUACAUCCAUUUCUCAUAGAAACCGUUCCUUCGGGCGUCAAAGGGAUAAUAGUAAUAGUAGUAACAAUAAUAAAUCUUUGACCCAUUUCCGUUCGCUAUCUUGGAGUGUUUCCAGGAACUGGUCAGCAGCCAGACAGCUCCAAACCAUUGGGAACAACUUAUCUGCCCCAAGAAGCAGUGAAAUUGUGGCUUCCAAUGGAUUGGCAUUGUCUGUCUUCACUAUGAGCUAUGUUCUUUACUUUGUGAUGUGGGCCCUUGUCGCCGCGAUCCCUUGUCAGGACCGCGGCCUGCAGACCCAUUUCUACGUGAACAAACAGCAGUUCGUCUGGGCAGGCCCGCUCAUGGCCCUUCACGAGAGGGUCCUUGAGGAGUCAAAGAAGAAGGACAGGAGAAACGCUUGCGGGCUGUUGAAGGAGAUUCAUGAGAUUGAGAAAUCUGUUCGUCGCGUGAACGAAUUGAUCAACUCUGUUCAUUUUCCUCUGAGCGAGGAGAAGGAGGGAGAAGCGAGGAAGAUAGUGGACGAGGUUAGGGCCGUGUUUGGCGCGCUGAAUGAUGGGUUGAACCCUUUGGAGUGCAGGGUCAGGGAAGUGUUUCAUAAGAUCGUUCGUUGCAGGACUGAAGGGCUUGAAUGAUACUCCGUGAUAGAUUGGUCUAUAGCAGUUUGAUUAUGUCAUGAAAAAAAAUAAAAAAUCUGGUGUAGAAUAGAGUUCAAGUGUCACAUCUAUUAACUAUAUAUAUUUAUAUGUAUAUCAUGUAAAGAAAUUAGUAAAAAGGUUGGAUCUUUCUUUAUCAAUGCUAUAUUGUUAAUCCUGCUGCUUAGUCUUUUGGAGAAUAAAAAUCUGCUUGGCCU